AUGCCGAAAGACCGAGGGGGACCGCCUGGGAAAAAAUCUAAUCUAUCUGUAAGUAAUUGGCAAACACUACCCUCUAAUCGUCGCGACAAAGCAUUCUGGUUGGCGCUAAACGAUUUCCUAGCACCAUCUCUCCAAGAAGAGUUCCCGUUGGCGAGUGGGGAGUUUCGCAGCCUUCCUCUCUCUGGACGCACCGCGCAGGACGCGUCUCCGCUUGUGAAUGAGGCCGCGACGAAAGCAGCGAAUGAGCAGCGCGACUACUACAACGACAUAACACUCUGGAAUCCGCUGUCGCUGGCGGUCCGAUUAAGAAUAUCUGUUGGGGUCGUGAUUGAGCAGCUGCUUCUCGCGAAUGAGUAUGGUUUAGUUUCUAUGCAGUUUGUGAUUACGUGCCGAUCGUGUGGGUGCGACAUGCUGCGCGUUACAGCAGUGAGCAAAAUUUGCUUCCGCGCCACAUACCACCAAACAAACGUAAUUUGGUGCCCCAUGUGCACGGAGCGAACCGAGGUUUCAAAUCUAGGACAAGUUGCCGUGUUCUUCCAGGAACCCAGCCCGCCGCCGCUGCUGCAGCGCAAGCACCACCGCCUGUUCCUCAGCGAGGAGGCGCAACGACGACGGCUAGAUUCGUACUUCUGUCCGCCGGGAGCCUCCUUCGCGUUCCGCAUGCGUCUGCCUGAGGGGCGCUACCUCCUGAUCGCGUCAGGCGCAGGGAUCAUCGUUGAACUGCACGUCGCCACCGGCGUGGAGUAUUUGGAGAGGGAGCGGCCGUUCCACACUGUCACAGUUCUGAUGGAGAAAUUCUUGGAGGUGGGUGGCACAGACGCGGAGGGAACUGUGAAAAAGCGACCUGUCAUUCGUGUCGAUCACGGCAAGCUUAUGUUUCGUGUAUUUAACGGCACGCAAUACGGAAGCUAUUUGGACUUCUAUAUUGGAUUCGACGAGCGACUGGAGUUUUUGGCACUGAAGCCGCCUGUUGUGGCGACGGUGCCGCUGGUGCUGCACCACGCUUCUCGUGGGUUGCGGUCGCCUCUGUUUCGCCUCUUCACUCCUAGUCCGCCCGGCACACGGAUCCCCGGUGUGUACGUGCUGCACGCCUUCACCCUCCCUGGCGAGGAGUUCGAAGAACCGAUCAGCGCGGGCAGUGAGUCCACGCUCGCCAUCAUACGCGAGGUACACCGCUACUCGCUGGAGGACCACCACGGCCUCCUCCUCUCUGUGGGGUCGGGUGGCACCGUGUUCGAGUCGUCAUUUCUUUCCUUCACAGCGGCCCUGGCCUGUUCGCUGUGCUUUGCACAACGUGUCGUAACACGCCUCGGGGAGCACAUCGCCGCCCUUCUUGCGUGCAGUAUCACCGAAGGGGCGAUGUACAUGGCGUCCUUUCAGGGUCAGUACGAUGACGACGAAAAUGUGCGCUCCUCAUACCCCGAUGUGCAGAUGGUCGGGCCGGUGGUUCACGCGUCGACGCACCCACCUGUGUUAGCAAGCAAUAACAGCGACACCGCGCCACAGUCGUCUGUCGGUUGCAACGUCCGCUUCGAACUCCGGUCGGUGACGGAGGACCACAGUGGCACCUGCCUAUGCCCCGAGGCUGGGGAUGAGAUGCUGCCGUAUCUCUUAUCCUUCCUGGAGGAGCAUCUCAACGGGGUGACGGUGCUGCGCGAGCCACAGGCAUUAGUGGUCGUGGUGCCGUUGGCGACGCUGAACGCGAUGGUGAUGCUACCCACACUGUUAGACCCUACGACGUACACCAAGGAGUUGUGCGGGCCGUUUGGAUGA